UCGGUGUGACAGACUAGUAGCCACUGCUAAUUUUAAUUGUUCCUGUGAAGAUUAUGGGAUUUUAAAAAAAUUCUAAAUAUAACAAAAAUAUAUUAUUUUAAAGUUUGAUUGUACUUAAAAAUCGUGGGAUAUACUUCAUUGAUGAAGAUGGAUGAAAAAUUAUCGAAAACUUUGGAAAACGAAGAAAUUAAAUCGACAGCUGUGGUAAAGUAUUCAUUGCCAAAACCAGCUCAAUUUAUGAAAUUACAAUGUAAUACUGACCUAAACUUACCUCCAUCAAACUGGUUAAGUAGUUCUGCAGAUUCGUACGGACUGCAACAUGUUCUCACUCAUCCCAAAGGUUUCUCAAGCUUUAAAAUGGCUCAGAUGUUUCCAGACUGUGUUGGAGAAGUUGAUGUAGUAUCUGACGCUGAAAAUAUAAAGAAACUACUCAAAAUCCCCUAUCAUAAAAAAGGACACAUCAGUAUGAUGGUACAUCGUAUAGAAAAUACUCUACUUAUAGAUGAGUUCGAUAUAUAUAAACAUUUAUUGCGAACAGCAGAAACAGAAUGGGAAUGGCUGAGAAAAUUUUUUGUUGAUAAUAUUAGCACCGCUACUUAUAAUGAAAAUAAACAUUUAUAUAUUAGCAGUAGAAGAAGAGAAGCUUUAAAAGAAAAAAGUCUUGUAUCAAAGUUUUUGUAUCACAGUUUAGUUCCUACUGAUAAUACUGACGGUGUUCAAUUGCUUGAAACUAACUAUAAUAGGCAUCAACCAGUUAAAGGUCCUCUAUUACCAGAACCGUCUCCAUCUACAGAAUGUCCAGAUUCUCCAACAUCUGGUCAUAAAUGUAAUAGAAAUGUUGUUUGGACUUUUGAAGAUAUUGAAAUGUUUCUAGGUACUGAUAUGCCAAUAUUUGGUGGUGGUACCCACCCCUGUAUAUCUCUUCGUCUCAGUGAUAUGGGUAAACCAAUAAAUGUAUUAACGGGAAUUGAUUAUUGGCUUGACAAUUUGAUGUCAAAUGUACCUGAAGUAGUGAUGUGUUACCAUUUGAAUGGCAUCGUUCAAAAAUAUGAAUUAAUCAAAACUGAGGAUUUGCCAAGAAUGGAUAAUUCAAAAUUUUCACCAAAAUUGAUUAGAGACGUAGCACAAAGUAUUCUUAGCUUUUUGAAAUCUAAUGCAACAAAGGCCGGUCAUACCUACUGGUUAUUUAAAGGAAAAGAUGAAGAGGUAAUUAAACUUUACGAUCUAACAAGUUUGUGUUCAGAAAAAGAUGUUGAAAAGGGACAAAAUCCAUUUACGAUACCAGUAGCAAUGCUUCUUUAUCGGGUAGCUAGAAAUAUGAAGCAUUCCCCAAAUAGAUCACAACCAGGUACAAUUAGGAUGCUUUUAAAGAAUUGUAUCAAACUUUUACCCCAAGAAAAAUAUCCGGAAAUUGUAACAUCAUCUUUGUAUAUGCUUUCCGAUCUUUAUGUUCCUGCUAAAACGAAUCCUGAAAAUCCUAGGCUAGGGGAACAAGAUGUCGAAGAUGAAAACGAAUCUUUGUACGAAGAUGAUUUAUCCGAUGAUGAAAAUCAAGAAGAACCUAUGAAAAUAUUGGUUUUAGAAAAUAAUAGAUUCGAAAAAUUUAAAAAUUAUUAUAAACCGCCUGCUCCAAUUGUAGGAGGUAUAGAAGAACGUUGUCAACAGGCUAUUCAAUACGUAACCGCAGGUUUGAAUUGUCUAAAAUAUUUCCCAGAAAACAAAACUGAAACAGACCCUGUAGACAAACAAGAAGAAGAAAUUAAAAUGGCGAAACCGUUUGAACCCAUACCGAUGCCUUACGGUAAACUCGAAGACGUCAAAAAACCCACAGAUCCAAGUAAAAAGAAGAAAAAAGAACGCAAGAAAAAAACCGAAAACAAAAACCAAGAGAAAUUGACAAACGCUCUGUUACCGAAAAAUUUGAGCGAAGCCCAACCUUUGCCUACAUGGCAGGAAAAUGAAAACAGCAUAUCCUGGAAGGAUCAUUUAAAAACUUUAUUAUACGAAAAAGCUGUGCUGGUAUACGCAACUUUAUCAGAACAUCACUUUAUUGGGGGUAAUUACGGAUUGAGUUUGAGGUAUAUAGGAUUACUCGCUAGAUGUCAGUUAGUAAUGAACAAGUUACAAUACACGUCGAAUGCCCUUAGGGAAAAUUGUUUACUUGGCAGAGCAGGAGAUUGUUGUAUCAUGAUGAUACAAAAUUGGAGUAAAUGUGAAACUUACAAUGACCAACUUCAUAAUAAUCAAGAUGAAGAUUUCAAAAUGAUGGAACAACUCGAACAAGAUGAACAGUUGUACAAUAUAAGCAUCGGAGAUAGCGAAAUGCGUUGCGUAUUUUUAUUCGACAUCAGAACCAUAGAACAAAUUCUUUUAAAAAGUGUAGAAUGUUACGAAGAGGCGUUGAAGGUUUCGGAAAGCGACAACAUCCUCAGACGAUUGGCGAACAGUUUAAACGAAAUAGGUUCCUAUUAUUUAAACAGAGCUAAAACGGAAAAGAAAAUGUAUGAUAUAACUCAAACUUGCAAAAAGGCCGAAGGGUAUUUACAACGAGGAUUAACGCUUUUCGAAAACGUAAAAGACAAUGCCAACAUUGCUCUUUUAUACACAAACAUAGGACAUCUUUAUAGACUAUUGGCACAUGCUAAUACCCCUUCAGACAGGGGAGAGAUUACUCAUCAAGAAAAGUUGCAUUAUAAUAAGGCUAUUAUUAAUUAUAAAAAGGCUUUACAAGUUUUGGGCGAUAGGGAAAGUUGUCCGGGAAUAUGGGACGCAGUAAAAUGGGAACUUUCCACUGCUCUGUUUAAUAUGGGUUGGAUAAUGCAUGAAAAUCCCCCCUCUCAUUUGAGUAAAACCGAAGCUGAAAAAGAAGUAAUAGAAACCCUACAAAGGGCCCUGCAAUAUUGCGAUUUUGAUGAAAAUAACCCAAAGUACCCUUUGUACAUUUACCGAGCGGCUGUUAUUCACUAUAGGAUUGGAUCUCUAUAUCACAGCCAUAUUUGGACGACUCCUAACGAUUCAAGUAAUAGAAAACAUAUCAUUCAACUUGCGAAAAUUAAUUAUGAAAAGGCUGCCAAGAUGUAUUUCCAAAGUUCCGAUGCCUUACAUUUCUUGACGGCUCAGAUGCAGAGAUUCGCUCUAUCAGAAUAUUUGGCAGAAACAACAAGUGCAUUAAACAUCAAAAUAAAGCAUCUUCAGCAUUGUUUGGAUAUCGUAUUAGAAUUAGACGAGAUUAUUGAUUUGCUAAUUAACAAUAAACUAGAAGUGAAUGAUCCCUCCAUAGAAGAAGGUGAAACUGAAGAAGAUAAUUUCAAAACCUGUUUUUCGUUGCUCAAACUUGUAGUAACGCGUUUACAGUACAUACUGAAACUGUUAGUGAAAUGUUGUGUUACAAAACCGCCUCCGAAUAAGGAUUGUGAAAGACUUUCCGAAUUAUAUAAAAAGUGUUACAAGAUAUCUUUCGAAUUGAAAGAAAAUUUAAAUUAUCCAGAUUUAUUAAAGAAAUUACAAAAAGUGUUGCUUAGUAUCAAAAGUGAAUGUGACACAUUCAAGAAAAACGCCUGAGUAAAGUUUUUAUUUCAUUUUUAAGUCUAUGUUUUACUGUGAUAAAUAAAUAAACAAUUUCACUACA